AGUCCAAAUUCUUGCAUACAUACACGCGUACAUACAUCCAGACAUACGUACAUACAUAUACAUACGCUCACGAAGCCACUCACACCAGCCCGUAUACACACGCUUCCGAUCCUAACUGCAUGAAUGCACGCACGUGCUAUUGCCAAUAAACAUACUGUACUUAUAAGAUAAUGACGACGCGAUUGUGCACACAAUCGCGCACUCGAGAGCGUAGGCCUGGGCCAAAGCUAAGCAGCAAACUGUCUAGUGAUUCAGACUCCUCUUCCAGCGGGUCGUCUGAGGAUGAGUAUCAAGGGCCGCUCUACGAGUGGAACCACAAAGACGCGCGUGCAUUCGUUCCUACUGCAGAAAUGGACAAAAUGAGAGAUGUACUUCAAUAUCGCACACGGUUUGCACGUGCUUCUGUGUCGGGAUAUGCUAUGGGCUUGUACGCUGUUCCCGACGCGAACGAUCCAGAACUGAGAAAUCAGCGUCAGAAACCCACGCCGUUGCCACUGUACUAUGUCUCGCCUUCAGCCGUGGAGCACCGCAAAUCUUUAGGCGUUUCUGAUCUCAAAGCAGGCUGGUAUGUGAAGGCGACAGAAGGACAAUGCUUCCAGGUGCGUGUGACCCCAUUACAUGGCGAAGACUCACGCGCUGUCUGUCUGGGGCUGGACAAGCAUACGCGGGACACCUCAGAGAUCAUCUGCUACCUAAAUAUCGACGGCAAAGCCUGCAACACCAUGGGCGACCUGAUCUCGGUCUGUACCGAGUACGACUGUAUAUAUGAGGGCCGUGUACAGGAACAGAAGGGACGCAAGACCAAGGUCACGCAGUUUAAGUUCCGCAAGAUCUCUGACGAGCCGGUGGAUAAGCGGGAGAACACCACCCAGGGCCGGGCCAACUCGGAUGGGUGGGGUACUAUUAUGCUGGAGUUUACACAGGCAAAAAAAGGGAAGGCUCGCCACGUGGCGCCUGGAGCGUACACCCCGGGCACAUACCGCCGACGUCCCAACGAGGAGAAGUUUAUGAAGAAGGGUCUGGCGAUGGGCGUGGGCAAGGGUGCGGUGAUUGAGCGCGAGGAGAAGUUUGCGGGGCACGUGUACAACACCAGCCACAAGCACAACCUGCCCGACCAGACGCUGACCAUCCACAUUCGUGAGCAGUGGUGGAUGGUGAACAAGAUGAUCCUGGAUGGCAACUACGAGCCCAUGACCGCGGAGAUUGCGAAGAAGGGCAUGAACGCAACGGCCACGAAACCCGGGCUGCUGCAGAAAGAUAUUCCGAGGGAAAAGCUGGAGAAGAAGAUGGUCAAGGAGCAGAUCGUCGAUUGCAUUGACGUGGACACGGGUGAGGUGCUGAAGGCGUACCGUGCUAUCAAGCAGCCCGAGCCUGUGAAGAUUGUGCUGGACGAUGACGACGACGGCACACCACAGCGAGACAGCGAGCGUGGGCGUGAAAGUGGGAAGAGUGGUAGUCAGGGAUCGCGCAGGCGUGCUUCGUUGGGUGACGGGGUGCAGACCAAGCCGUGUUUAUCUGGGGUGCGUAAGAGAGAGCUGCACGUUACAGACGUGGAGGAUGUGUUUAUGCGCGAGGAUCUGAACCGACAGACUACCUCACCGGCCCACAGCACAGCCACUACCAGUACCACGACCACCUCCCCACACACGACCAAACGUAUGCGGGUCAAUGGCAAGGGGAUGUCCCAGCCGCCGCUCAUGACUGCGCUGAGUGCGCAAAGCGAUGCACACGCACCACACAACAACACGCAACAACCACAGGACGUAUAUGCACAACAAGCGCAAGGGAACGAUCAAGCACCGGACAGUGAUGCAGACGCGCGCGCACAGGCACUCCAUAGUGAUCCGUCGGCAAAUGUACUGAGCGUUUCGGUUGAAGAUGAACGGGCGGAAGCGUAUAAUAGGGAGCAGGAACGUUUGCGGUUGCUGUUUGCUGAGUAUGGCGUGGAUACGGCGCCUCACCAGCGUUUGCACGUGGAGAACGGGAUCAACCACAUCGACAACAUCCCGUUUUUCAUAUCGGGACAGGAAGAGCAAUAUCGCGCCUAUCGGGAGUCACUGAUGCAUGAAGCGCCCGCUGCGGAGGAGUUUGCAGAAGGGGAUGGGUAUGCAUACGACCAAUCUCACGAAGACGGUUUUGUACCGGAUAAUGCAGACGCUCACGCAUACAAUGGUGCACCCGAACAAGGAGACGUGGUCUACGAGCACGCGCACGGCCAGGACAAUUCACACACACAGCUACACACCGACGCGCACGGCGUCGCGGUUGAGAAAACAGAGGUACAGGUGGUGAGUGCUAAAUAUGGAGAUGGGCACGAGCACCAACAGCCACGCGAGCAAACCAAGGGGGGUGCACAUGCGCAACAGGAGGGCCACGCUGAAAAGAGCGUGGAUGGACACGCUGACGACAGCAACACGCCGAGCGCAGCGCAGACAGCGGAGGUGCAGAGCAGCAGUCCAGUGGCAGCAGAAGCACCCACCACCACUACUACUGCUAUUGCUACUACCACCACCUCAGAUGAUGCACAGGCUAAUGGGGCUGUCGAGAAUGUUGGAUUGAGCGGCGAUGCCGCAGAAAUGGCAGCGUAUGCACAGGCACGCGUGGCUGCAGCGCUGAGAGAGACGCAGGCCCGUGCCAGGAUAGCCAAUGAACAGGCGAGGAUAAGUGCAGAGCCAAAGCAGCGGGAACGUGAUGAGCAAGCACGGACAGAGCAGGAUAAUAAGGAACGUGACCAUGCUGAGCACGUACGGAUAGCCGAGGAGGGCAGGGAAGGUACAAGUGAUGGCGACCCACACGCAGGAGACGCGCCAGCUACGCAAGUCAGCGUGGCGGAUGAGCAAGCAUCAGGUGAACAGCAGGUGCGUGCAGAGCACAGCGUGCACAUGGACGUGGACGAUCCCACGGGUGUGCGUGUGCAGGAAGCUGCGGUGGCUGCGACACGCGGAGAGGUUGCGAGUGGAUCGGUGGAUGUCUCGCGAGCGGCUAGUGCGGUUGGGGAGAUGCCCCACACCGAGACGGUGCACGUGGGCCCUGGACACCCUCAGCCUGAGAUUGUGGUGCAGGAGCAGGAGAGCGAUGAGGAUGACGACAGCGACGAUAGUAUGCCUGUGGCGGCGAAGCCCGACCUUUAAGCACAGGCAUAGGGCUACACGAGGGAGUGUAAGCGGCACGCUGUGGCUAUGUGUAGCUGAGUAGUGGUGGUAGAGCGCAGAUGAGAUGCAUGGCUGGGCUGUGUUGUGCCUAAUUGCGGGGCUGUUGUUAGGCUAGCGCGUCAUUCGCACGCCAUUUCCCACGUGGCACUGAUGUUUAGCAUGACGGAUUGAGCGUGGGUGCGCCGGGAAUGAAUUCUACAGUUUGGCCCAGAGAGUGCAUGUGCAGCGAUUUAAGCGUAGCGUGCCCUGUAUUGCCUUCAUACUCUACCGUGAGUGGAUUGGUGGCAUGUGCCGUGUUUUAGCACAGGGGCGUGUUGUUGGGUUGGCGCGGCAGCGACACUGUGAUCUGUGUCCCGAGUGGUCGUAGUCAGCGGAGAAUGUAUUGUAUAUCGUUCCAAUUGGGGGGUCACUCUCGUGUGGGUUUAUUGUGCAUGUGACACAGCAGACUGGUAGGCAUGGGCACUACUGUGUAGGGAGAUGGAUCUGUGUCUGUAGGUGCGUGUAGCUGGUUCUAAGGAUCCUUCCCCAUGUCACCUUCUAUGCGUGUUAACGCAUCGACUUACACAGUCCCGUGGUCCGCGUGUGUGCGUGAGUGCGUAUGCAACUCUGGCAGCCCUACAGUGCGCUUGUAUUUGUGCUGGUAGAUAGACACGCGUCACUGGUUCUCUGUCGCUUGGCAGGCAUGCGGGAGUGGGUAGGUAGAAUACAUGGAUUGCCGUAUACCUGGAAUGAAUGAUUUGCCCUUUAUCGUGGAUUAAAGAUGGAUUCGCACGUGCACAAUCUCUGCAGCUGUAUAGUAUAUAGCUCGCACAGAGACGAGAACGACGUUGUAGUGUGGUGCACUAUGCUUUUCAUGCGUAAUUGACUUCCACGCACCCGUUAGUGAGUCUGGGGGUCUCGUUGUAGCUCGACAUAUCCCGAACUGUUCACGAGAAACGAAUGCACGGACCGUGUGCGGAAGCGCGCAUAGACAUCAUUUCAACCAAAUAUCAAGUGAGGAAUAAUAUCCAGAUAUAGGGUGCAUGUGAGAAUGUAUACCUAUGGCGAUGGAAGACGUAACUCUAACAACUAUCGUCGCCAAAUAGCAAGUAAGGCAUUGUAUCCAAAUGCAGACUGCACGUGAAAAUGCCCCUACUGCAAUGGAAGUCCGUAACCCUAACAACCAUCAUCACCAAAUAGCAAGUAAGGCAUUGUAUCCAAAUGUAGGCUGCACGUGAGAAUGCCCCUACUGCAAUGGAAGUCAAUAACCCUUACAACCACUAUCACCAAAUAACAAAUAAAGCUUUGUAGUUAAAUAAAGGGUUCACGUGAGAAUGUACCUACUACUGCAAUGGAAGUCUGUAACCCUUACAACCAUCAUCACCAAAUCACAAUUAGGGCAUUGUAGUUAAAUAAAGGGUGCACGAGAAUAUACCUACUGCAAUGGAAGUCCAUAACCUUAGCAACCAUCGUCACC